CGCACUGCCUAGGCCAACUUCAGCCUAAUCAACUACUGAUAUACACAUAGAAGUAGAACUCGCGCACUUCCACCGCAGAUCAAUCGUCGAGGAUGAGCAGAGUACUAGUGAUUGGUGGUACGGGGAACAUCGGGCGGCACCUCGUGACGGGGAGCCUCAACGCCGGCCACCCGACGACGGUGCUCGUCCGCCCGGCCACCGUUUCCUCCGACUCCGACAAGGCGAAGUUUUUGAACUCCCUCAAGGCCCGCGGAGCCAGCGUUGUUUACGGGGACAUGAACGACCAUGGGAACUUGGUGGAGGCGAUCAAGCAGCACGGCGAGGUGGUGAUCUCCGCCGUCGGACACGGCAGACCGGAGGAACUGGACGGCCAGCUCAAGAUCCUCGAAGCGAUAAAGAAGGCUGGAACUGUCAAGCGUUUUGUGCCAUCUGAAUUCGGCUGUGACGUGGAGCACGCCGAACGGACUCUUGAGCCAGCGAAGAGCAUGAUAAAAUCCAAGCUUCGAGUUCGAGAAGCCAUCAGAGCCGCAGGGAUUCCUCACACUAUUGUCUGUAGCUACUGGGCUAUGGGCUUGUUGCUGUCUGCACUAGCCAACUCCGGAGGAGAUGGCCCUCUGUCCACCGGCGUGGAGAUCUUUGGUGAUGAAAAUUCACGAGCAAUCUUUGUAGACGAGAGGGAUAUGAGCUCCUUGGUUAUAAGAGCCGUGGAGGACCCGCGAACGCUUGACAAGGUCAUGUAUGUGCGCCCGCCUACGAACAUAUGUUCCUUCGCCAAGCUCGUUCAUAUGGUGGAGAAGAAAACCGGCAGGACACUUAAAAGGCACUAUGUGUCCGAGCAGGAGAUCGCCAAGAAAAUCCAAGAGGCUCCGUUCCCUCUCAAUUUUCAGCUCGCAAUGGUGCACUCGACGCUGGUGCACGCAGGGGCAUGCGAGGGUGCCAUCGACCCAGCCGUCGGGGUGGAGGCGACAAGGCUGUACCCAGACGUAAAAUACGUCACAAUGGAGGGGUACCUGGAUAGUUUGUGUAUAAUAUGAUUGUUCAUUUGCACGACUGUUGGGUUGUACUGUAAUAUGCAUCUAUCGAGUAGUCUCGGAAUAAUAAAAGUUUUCACCUUAUAUAAAAUA